GUGGGACUAUUAACUCCCGGUAUGCUCAGCGCGCACACGCGGUCCCGCGAGAACGGGACCUAGGCGGAACUACGUUUCCCAGUGUGCACCGCGAGCCGCCGAGCCACAGGGAAGAGUCGCGCCCCCGGGGAGGGAGCAGCGCUGGCCCAUUCUGCAGAUGGGGACACCGAGUCAUGGGCUGAAUACGACCUCCUCGGGGGCGGAGGUGAUGAAUUGGGAUGAGGCCCAGGACGUCCUGGCCCCCGAGGUGGGAUCGGCCGGACCGAUAUGCGGUUCGCAGCCAGUGCCGUUCAUCCCUCAGGUGCUGGGCGUGAUGAUCGGUGCCGGAGUGGCGGUGCUGGUCACGGCCGUGAUCAUCCUUCUGGUGGUGCGGAGGUUGCGAGUGCCGAAAACCCCAGCCCCGGAUGGUCCCCGGUAUCGGUUCCGGAAGAGGGACAAAGUGCUUUUCUAUGGCCGGAAGAUCAUGCGGAAGGUGUCACAAUCCACUUCCUCCCUGGUGGACACCUCCGUCUCCACCACUUCCAGGCCACGAAUGAAGAAGAAACUUAAAAUGCUCAACAUUGCCAAGAAGAUCUUGCGAAUCCAGAAGGAGACCCCAACACUACAGCGAAAGGAGCCCCCACCUGCGGUGCUGGAGGCUGACCUGACAGAGGGUGACCUGGCCAACUCCCACCUGCCCUCCGAGGUGCUGUACAUGCUCAAGAAUGUCCGGGUGCUGGGCCACUUCGAGAAGCCGCUUUUCCUGGAGCUGUGCCGGCACAUGGUCUUCCAGCGCCUGGGCCAGGGUGACUAUGUCUUCCGGCCGGGCCAACCAGAUGCCAGCAUCUAUGUGGUUCAGGAUGGGCUCCUGGAGCUUUGCCUGCCUGGGCCUGAUGGAAAGGAGUGUGUUGUGAAGGAAGUGGUUCCUGGGGACAGCGUCAACAGCCUUCUGAGCAUCCUGGAUGUCAUCACUGGUCACCAGCAUCCCCAGCGGACUGUGUCUGCCCGGGCAGCGCGUGACUCCACAGUGCUGCGGCUUCCAGUGGAGGCCUUCUCUGCUGUCUUCACCAAGUACCCAGAGAGCUUGGUGCGGGUGGUACAGAUCAUCAUGGUACGGCUGCAGCGAGUCACUUUCCUGGCUCUUCACAACUACCUGGGUCUGACCAAUGAGCUUUUCAGCCAUGAGAUUCAGCCCCUACGCCUGUUCCCCAGCCCGGGCCUACCAACCCGCACCAGCCCCGUGCGUGGCUCCAAGCGGGUGGCCAGCACCUCAGCUACUGAGGAGCCCAGGGAGACCCCAGGUCGGCCACCAGACCCCACUGGAGCCCCACUGCCUGGACCUUCAGGGGACCCUGUGAAGCCCACAUCUCUGGAAACCCCCUCGGCCCCUCUGCUGAGUCGCUGCAUCUCCAUGCCAGUGGACAUCUCAGGCUUGCAGGGUGGCCCCCGCUCCGACUUCGACAUGGCAUAUGAGCGUGGUCGGAUCUCUGUGUCCCUGCAAGAAGAGGCCUCUGGUGGGCCCCAGGCAGCCCCUGCUCGGACCCCCACUCAGGAGCCCCGGGAGCAGCCGGCUGGUGCCUGUGAGUACAGCUACUGUGAAGAUGAGACGGCUGCUGGUGGCUGCCCCUUUGGGCCCUACCAGGACCGCCAGACCAGCAGCAUCUUUGAGGCAGCAAAACGAGAGUUAGCCAAGCUGAUGCGGAUUGAGGAUCCCUCCCUCCUCAACAGCAGAGUCUUGCUGCAUCAUGCCAAAGCUGGCACCAUCAUCGCCCGCCAGGGGGACCAGGACGUGAGUCUGCACUUCGUGCUCUGGGGCUGUUUGCACGUGUACCAACGCAUGAUUGACAAGGCGGAGGACGUGUGUCUGUUCGUGGCCCAGCCGGGGGAGCUGGUGGGACAGCUGGCGGUGCUCACAGGCGAGCCCCUCAUCUUUACACUGCGUGCCCAGCGCGACUGCACCUUCCUUCGUAUCUCCAAGUCGGAUUUCUAUGAGAUCAUGCGUGCACAGCCCAGUGUGGUGCUGAGCGCGGCGCACACAGUGGCCGCUAGGAUGUCACCCUUUGUGCGCCAAAUGGACUUCGCCAUCGACUGGACGGCAGUGGAAGCGGGACGCGCGCUGUACAGGCAGGGCGACCGCUCCGACUGCACCUACAUUGUGCUCAACGGGCGGCUGCGCAGCGUCAUCCAGCGUGGCAGCGGCAAGAAAGAGCUGGUGGGGGAGUAUGGCCGCGGGGAUCUCAUUGGUGUGGUGGAGGCACUGACCCGGCAGCCUCGAGCCACCACGGUGCACGCGGUGCGUGAUACAGAGCUGGCCAAGCUCCCUGAGGGCACCUUGGGUCACAUCAAACGUCGGUACCCACAGGUCGUGACACGCCUCAUCCAUUUACUGAGCCAGAAAAUUCUAGGGAAUUUGCAGCAGCUGCAAGGACCCUUCCCAGGCUCAGGGCUGGGUGUCCUUCCACACUCGGAACUCACCAACCCAGCCAGCAACCUGGCCACGGUGGCAGUCCUGCCAGUGUGUGCUGAGGUGCCCAUGAUGGCCUUCACGCUGGAGCUGCAGCACGCUCUGCAAGCCAUAGGCCCCACGCUCCUCCUCAACAGUGACAUCAUCCGGGCACGCCUGGGGGCCUCAGCACUGGAUAGCAUCCAGGAGUUCCGGCUGUCAGGGUGGCUAGCCCAGCAGGAGGAUGCGCACCGCAUAGUGCUGUACCAAACAGAUACGUCACUGACGCCCUGGACCGUGCGCUGCCUGCGCCAGGCUGACUGCAUCCUCAUUGUGGGCCUAGGUGAUCAGGAGCCCACUCUUGGCCAGCUGGAGCAGAUGCUGGAGAACACAGCCGUGCGCGCCCUCAAGCAGCUGGUCCUCCUGCACCGUGAGGAAGGCCCGGGUCCCACGCGCACAGUGGAGUGGCUCAACAUGCGCAGCUGGUGCUCAGGACACCUGCAUCUGCGCUGCCCUCGCCGCCUCUUUUCUCGCCGCAGCCCCGCCAAGCUGCAUGAGCUCUAUGAGAAGGUUUUCUCCAGACGAGCAGAUCGGCACAGCGACUUCUCCCGCUUGGCCCGGGUGCUCACGGGAAACACUAUUGCCCUGGUGCUAGGCGGGGGUGGGGCCAGGGGCUGCUCACAUAUCGGGGUGCUGAAGGCAUUAGAGGAGGCGGGAGUGCCAGUCGAUCUCGUGGGCGGCACAUCCAUUGGUUCCUUUAUUGGGGCUCUGUAUGCGGAGGAGCGCAGCGCCAGUCGCACUAAGCAGCGGGCUCGCGAAUGGGCCAAGAGCAUGACUUCUGUAAUGGAACCCGUGUUGGAUCUCACAUACCCUGUCACCUCCAUGUUCACGGGUUCAGCCUUUAACCGCAGCAUCCACCGUGUCUUCCAAGAUAAGCAGAUUGAGGACCUGUGGCUGCCUUACUUCAACGUGACCACAGACAUCACCGCCUCAGCCAUGCGUGUCCACAAAGAUGGCUCUCUGUGGCGGUAUGUGCGUGCCAGCAUGACGCUAUCAGGCUACCUGCCCCCGCUGUGCGACCCAAAGGACGGGCACCUGCUCAUGGAUGGUGGCUACAUCAACAACCUGCCAGCGGACAUCGCCCGCAGCAUGGGUGCCAAAACAGUCAUCGCCAUUGACGUGGGGAGCCAGGAUGAGACAGACCUCAGUACCUAUGGGGACAGCCUGUCUGGCUGGUGGCUGCUGUGGAAGAGGCUAAACCCCUGGGCUGACAAGGUGAAGGUCCCAGACAUGGCUGAGAUCCAGUCCCGCCUGGCUUAUGUGUCCUGCGUGCGGCAGCUCGAGGUUGUCAAGUCCAGCUCCUACUGCGAGUACCUGCGCCCGCCCAUCGACUGCUUCAAGACCAUGGACUUCGGGAAGUUUGACCAGAUCUAUGAUGUGGGCUACCAGCAUGGGAAGGCUGUGUUUGGAGGCUGGACCCGUGGCGACGUCAUUGAGAAAAUGCUCACAGACCGGCGGUCUGCAGACCUUAACGAGAGCCGACGUGCAGAUAUCCUUGCGUUCCCAAGCUCUGGCUUCACCGACUUGGCGGAAAUUGUGUCCCGGAUUGAGCCUCCCACCAGCUAUGUGUCUGAUGGCUGUGCUGAUGGGGAAGAAUCAGACUGCCUGACUGAGUAUGAGGAAGACGCCGGGCCCGACUGCUCAAGAGAUGAAGGGGGCUCCCCCGAGGGUGCCAGCCCCAGCACUGCCUCAGAGGAGGAGGAGAAGUCCAUCCUCCGGCAUCGGCGCUGUGUGCCCCAGGAGCCUCCCAGCUCAGCUGCAGACGCCUAAUGACCUCACCAGAGGACCCAUGUCCCAGCGUGGGCUGGGCUGGGUCUGUGAGGGGAGCUCGCUCCCCUCCUCCUGCUGCUAUGCCUAUGAUACUCCUUGGGUCUCCCAACUCCCAGGGCCCAAACACUGGACUGACCUGCCCUGCCCUGCCCUGCCCUGAGGGGAGGGCAGCAUUGCACUGAUGACCGACUAUGUCACUCCUUCCCUCCCCCACACACACAAAGAAAUAAAUUUAUC